AUGGCUCCUAGUCGCAUGGAUCCUCAAGACGAUUACGAUGUCCCCGAACCAAAAGUCGUCUAUGAUAUCAAUGUCCCCUACAAGACGUCGUCUGAUGAAUACCAACGCCGGAUUCAGGAAAGAACCGAGUUUCCCAGUUAUCUGCCUCACUGGGAGCAAGGCCAAUGGUUUGACGACUUCCCCAUAUUCGACCAUGAAGACCCGGCACUUCGAGCAGACCCAAGGAAGCCCAAUCUCUUUUCCGCUGGUGUGUCGGCUCAACCGGUUACUCCCCGGAUGGGAACGAUCUUGACUGGCGUCAAGAUGGAAACACUCUCCCAAGCCGCUAAAGACGAACUGGCUCUUCUCAUUUGUGAGAGGAAGUUUGUAGUUCUUAGAGAGCAACUCGAUUUCCUUCAUUCCGGUCCACAAUUUCAGAAAGACUUCAUGUCGUACUUUGGAAAGCUCAGCCGACAACCAGUAACGGGAGCUAUCAAAGGCCACCCCGAGUUCCACAUCAUUCAUCGAGAUGGAAACGAGGAGGAUAUCGCCCGAUUUUUCAAGCACAAAAUGUCUACUACAAUUUGGCACCACGAUGUCAGUUAUGAGAGGCAGCCACCCGGAUAUGUCAUGCUCGGUAUUCUUGCUUGUCCUGAUAUCGGAGGCGACACGGUCAUUGCGGACAUGACUAUGGCAUACAAACGUCUCUCACCACUGUUCCAGGGUAUGAUCGACCAGUUGAAAGCUGUCCAUACCUCUCGACAUUUGAUUGCACACACCAAAGCGAGCAAGCAACUUGUCCGCUGCAACCCUGUUGACUCCAUUCAUCCAGUCGUCCGCGUUCAUCCAGUUACUGGCGAAAAAGCUAUAUUUUACAACAUGGAAUUUCCAGACGAAGUCAUCGGCUUGAAGGAUCAAGAAGCAGAGGCGGUUAUGAAAUUUUUGAUGGAUUUUGUGAGAAACGGUCACGAUUUCCAAGCACGAGUCCACUGGGAAAAGCACUCGGUUGUCAUGUUUGACAAUCGGACAACACUUCGUAAGUCUGCAAUACAAUGA